ACGACACAGGUCCCGACCUCCUGUACCGGAUCCCCCAGCCGUACCGCACCAGUUUCUCCGCCCGCUACUCCGUCACCUGGGGCCGCGCAGACCGCAGCCGCUCCCUUAGCCCCACAGCCAGCCUGCUCAGUGACGUCAGCGUGGGCAGCGCCCCGCCCAUCAUGCUCUCCCACUACGCCCCGCCCUCCAGCAGCACGCUGCUAGGCCACGCCUACAACUCGGGCGGCACGCUAGCGCUAGGCCACGCCUACAACUCGGGCGGCACGCUUCCAGCGGACAAGCGGCGGCCGCGGGGCCGCUCAAAGAGCCCGAAGAAAGUCCGGUACAACACGAGAGUAAGAGUGCGGCACUCGGACACGGAGGACUCCAUGUUCACACAGCUCUCGCCCGAGGGCGGGCCCGAUGAUGACGUGUCCGCGGCGCACCCGCUCAGCCGCUCCGUUCUAUCCCCGCGCUACAACGAGUUCAGUCAGCUGUCGCCCAUCUCCCUACCCUCGCCCCAGCACCAGACUUCCACGCUGCGCUCCACGCCUAGGUUCCGGGACUACCACAAGGCUCCGCCCACCGGGUCCACCGGGUCCAGAACCGGCCCCCCUCCCUAUCAGCAAGCUCCGGCCAAACCCGGCAGCUGGUCAUCUCCCUGCACCACUGACCGCUCGGACACCAGCGGCGACUCGGGUCUGGACUACUCCAGCGAGCUCAAAGAUCUGUCCCAGCAGAUCACCGACAUGGAUUGGAGCCCGCGACAGAAGCGGCCGCUCCGCGCUCGACCGCCGCCCGGGCCCUCCCCGACACACCACCAGCCUCACGGCCGACAACAGCAGCAGCAACAGCAACAGCAGCAGCGUGGUCAGCAGCCGGUGGGAGGACAGAGGGUCUCCCCUACCCCCUCCUCCUCCUCCCCUCCCGGUAUUCUCAAAGACAGCCAGAACUCCCGCGGCAGCUCAAGGGAUGCCCGGGGCGCAGGCAGCAUCUCUUACGGCAACGGUGCCGUUACUGAAGGUAACGGUGGUGUACGUAUCAGCGGCUCCCGAACAAGCCCCGCCCACUCCACUCGGACAAGCCCCGCCCACUCCACACGCACAAGCCCCGCCCACUGUGCUGACGGCAAGGAGAAUGACCCGUCAGCAUCUCCCUCCAAAACCACGCCCAUUGCAGGCCGCGUGAGUCCAGUGGAGGCCGGACGCUUGACCCCGUCCAAACGGUCGGUCAGUCUGAGCAUCACCAACUUCCUGAAGCGCUUCUCACCCCACGCCCGCCGCAAGCCCUCCAAGGAGCGAGGAGCCAGCAAGUCCAGCUCGGCCGCGGGGUCAGCCCAGAGCUUGACCAAUACGUCAGACGGAGACACUGACCGCGACAGUCCCACCAGUACCGGCGAAAACAGCACCACAGGUGGCGGGGCACACCCGGACAACAGCGCCGGCGGCAGCAGCAAGUCGAGGAAGGGCAAAGGUCACUUCUCCCGUAGUCGGGUCAGGCAGUCGUUGCUCAAGCUGGUGGGGAGGUCCGGGAAGAAAGCGACGUCAGGCAGUGCUGAGGCUCUCCCGGUACCCAGCCACUACACCAUCGAGCUACAGGACCCGGACCGGACGCUCUCCUCGGAUGAGCUGGACCAGAUCUCGGACACGGGCCGUGUGGUCAACUAUGGGCGAGAGCCCGGCUCAGUGGCUAAUGGCCGGCCCUCACUGCCCGCCUCCACCACCCGCAUGAUCAAGUCCAUCCAGCAGGACCAGACAAGGGACCAGGAUAUCUACCGCAAGUUCAAAGAGCGCCAGUCUCCGCGCCAUGCCCCCGCUGACCAAUCGCAGUCCCUGCGCCCUUCGACCACUGACCACUCCCAGUCCCCGCCGGGCAGUAACCAGCAGGUCAGCCCAGGGGAUCUAAGUGCAGCCAAAAUUGACCAGCCUGUGAGGCCGGCCUCCUGCGUGUUGACCUUUGGCGUGGACCUGGGCACUAGCGGUCUGUUGGAGUAUCAGACUGUUAGAGUAUCUGACUGUUGA